AUGCCCGUUGUUUUGGCCCAGGUGCGUCGUCUGGACGCCCAGGUAGACCGGAUUUCCCUCGUUCCCUUCAUCUCAGCCGAGGGGGCCGGUGAACCCGAGGGGAACGGUCUGGAAGGCCAAUUGGCCGGGAUUAACGCGCUCUCGACUCCUCGUGUCAACGAGUUGCUCCGCAUCGCCCGAGCAUUAUCGACCGCAACGUCAUCUCGGCCCCUGUUGCCAUCCUCGCAUAUCCGGGGCCUCCUCUUGCAGUCCGGCCUGGUGAGACGGGAGGGUGAGUAUGCUGCCAGGAAUCACUACGAGUCCGAAAUCGAAUGGCUCGUCGUCGGCAAAGCCACCAUCCAGACGUACGGUCUGAUCCUUAACACGCUGCUGGAUCAGAUCAUCCCGCUCAGUGACGACAUAUGGUACUGGGAUGAGGUACUGAGCUCCUACACUUACAGCAGCAUAUACACCGUUCAGACCUCCCCGCUCCGCAUGUGGACAUGGACGAAGGGCGUCUAUCACGGAAGCCGCGCACGCCUUCGGCGCCUGUACCAGUCUUCUUCUGCUGGGCGCUUUGAGGCGGAGGGCCUGGGCUCAUCCGCAGCGCAGCAGUGGCGCCAAUUCUACUCUAUCGUGCGAGAAAGCGUCGCCGAAAGGUCCAUCAGCGAUAUCCAACGGAAAAUCCUCUCUCCGGUUGCUCUUUGUCGGUCCCAGGCACGGCGGAAACAGACCCAACUGCGGCGACUCAGGGAGAUGAUCGCGAGUGGCCUAGGAGUUCUCAUCGAUGAAGGCCUGAGCUUCGACAUUGCUGAAGAGGACGGCAAGAGUGAGGUAGCAGACAGCAGCCACGAGUGGAAAGGGGUUCUGGAGCGGAGCGUGGCUUUGAUGGACAUGGUCCUUCGCGGUGUCUUAACCCUAGAGGAUGGGAUAUCCGAGUUCGAAGACAGGGUGUUCGCUGGGGUCGAGGAGGAUCCUGAAUUGUCGAUUCACAUGGAGGACGCCAACGCCGCAGAACGACCCGCGGUGCUUGCGAGAAGGCUUCUGGACUUACUUGGUUCCGGGAUACCGAGUCACAUUGCCGCCACCAGGGAGGUAGCCGGUCAGAGCGGACGCCCGUCGAAGCUGGUCAGAUACUGGCUACCGGCCGGCCUGCUAAUUAUAUCGUCGUCGACCAUAUUGCGCAUCCUGGCCAACCGGAAGGCCGACAUUAUCAACUGGGUGCAGGAUCUGGGCACCACUGUCAAGGAUUUCUGGUUCAACUGGGUCAUCGAUCCGGUGAGAAAGAUCAUCGGCACGAUUCGGCACGACUCAAGCAGCGAAAUUGCCCUCAUGAGCCGUGAGAGUCUGAAGGCCGACCGUGACAGCUUAGAGCGUAUGGUCGUGGACUUUGCCAUCGAUAAGCCGAACUUGGCUGUUGGUGCGUCAUCCUUAACCGAUGCACAAAUUGCGGACAUCAGGGCAAAGGUCAAGGAAGGGGAUGUGUCUCCGGUCCUACGGGCCUACGAGAAGGAUUUGCGGACACCGUUCGUUGGGGCCGUGAAGGGUGACCUCGUGCGGGCGUUGCUCAUCCAGGUCCAGAAGACAAAGGUCGACUUGGAGAUUGCCAUCAGCGGAAUCGAUGCCCUGCUCAAGAGCCAGGAGCUGGUGUUCGGGUUCGUGGGCCUAACCCCGGGUGUACUCGUCUUGGUAGCAGCCCUCCAAUACGUGCGGACUCUGUCGGGGGGGCGGAAGGGCAUGUACCAGAGCCAGCGAGCCGGCAGAAGCAUCCGGGUCCUCCGGAAUAUCGACCGUAUCCUCUCGGAAGCAACACCGUCUCAGAAUAACUUGCUCUCCUACAAAGACCACGGGCUGCUGGUCUGCGAGGUUCACGUCCUCAGGAAAUUGGCGCAUGGCCUUCUCCCCGGGGACAUCGAGAAAGAGUUCCUCGAGGACCUGGACGACCUAGCGAACCUGAAGGGGAUCCAGAUCCAGGUGAAGGCACUGGAAAGGAUUCGGUGGGCGUAUUCCAGGUGGUUGAAGUGAAAACAGGCAAACCUGCAUUCCUGGAUCCUCAGUUGUACAGCAUAUGGUUGUAUGUAACAUAACACGAUACUGUACAAUAGUACGUACAUAUGACUCGUUGCACAUAGGAGAGUCAUGAUGCCUAUUACAUCGCCGAAUAUCUACCUAGGUACCUAUUUAUCUACCUUUAGCUGCCAGUAUAGAGCCAUGGAAGCGGGUACAAACGAUCAGAGGCACAUAUCAACGGACGUUGACGAGUUGAAUUGAAGUGACUGCAUGCGGUGUUAAUGCCGUUCAAAAAUCGAGAGCGAUGAAAGACGCCCUGGAACACGACGUGAAGGACGACGAGGUCUACAUCUGCCUGGUCAGCGCGGCGUCCAUGUACAUCCUGUGCUCUGGCCAGGCUCUCUUCGUGCAGCUAAUCCAAGCCGUAGUGCAGAUCUGGCCCGAAGGCGCGGAGAU